AUGGGUGUGAACGGCCUCUGGACGGUCGUUCAGCCAUGCGCGCGACCGACGAACCUCGCAACACUCAACCGCAAGCGACUCGCCGUCGAUGCUUCCAUCUGGAUAUACCAAUUCCUGAAAGCCGUGCGCGACAAGGAAGGCAAUGCGCUGCGCAACUCUCACGUUGUCGGCUUCUUUCGUCGUAUCUGCAAGCUGCUCUGGUUCGGAAUCAAGCCCGUCUUCGUCUUCGAUGGCGGUGCCCCUGUUCUCAAGCGACAGACGAUCCAGGGCCGUAAGCGACGGCGUGAGGGACGCAGGGAAGAUGCUGUCCGCACGGCGGGUAAGCUUCUUGCCGUGCAGAUGCAAAGGAUUGCUGAGGAAGAGGAAGACAAGAGGCGACGUGAUGCUGAGAGGGGAAUCCGUCGGGAGCGCGAGGAGCCGCAGGAGGAGAUUCCUGAUGUGGAUAACAUUGUGUACGUUGACGAGGUGGGCAUGUCGCAGCAGGAACGCCAGCGCGGAAGGAAGUUCUUCAAGCAAGACGCGUACCACCUGCCGGAACUCGAUGGCGACAUUGCUUCGAUGGCGAAGGCGGAUGAUCCUAGGAUCAUGAGCAUCGAGGAAUUGGAGGAAUAUGCAAGGCAGUUUCACAACGGCGAGGACAUCAACUUCUACGACUUCAGCAAGAUCGACUUUGACGGCGAGUUUUUCAAGAGUCUGCCGCCGGCGGACAGAUACAACAUUUUGAAUGCGGCAAGGCUACGCAGUCGUCUGAGAAUGGGUCUCAGCAAGGAGCAGCUGGACGAAAUGUUCCCGAACAGAAUGGACUUCUCUCGGUUCCAGAUUGAACGUGUACAAGAAAGAAACAAUCUCACUCAGCGACUCAUGAAGGAAGCCGGCAUGACAGGCCUCGAUCUUACCCUUAAUGGGGGUGGCCGUAUCGCUGGCGAGAAGGAUAGGGAAUACAUUCUGGUCAGGAACGAAGGAGCAGAGGGCGGUUGGGCUUUGGGUGUCGUGAGCAAGGAGAAAGAUCUGGGUGAAGCUCACAAGCCUAUUGAUGUCGAUGCUCUGGACUUUCAAUUUCAGAAAAAGGAGAAGGCCGAAGCAUCCGAUGACGAUGGCGACUUCGAAGACGUUCCUGUUGAGGGUCUCAACCGGUUGCCGACGGCCGCCUCACAGGCAUCGAGGGAUGCAGCACUCAGGAGACAGCAAUUCUAUGACGGCCGAAGAGAAGCUGAAGUCAACGGUCUGUUUGAGGAAGAAGAUACUCUCUUUGUCGGUGGAGACCUGCCUGAACAACACGAGAGGUUGAAUGGCGAGAAACGCGAAGAGCGGCUGCACCCGGAGGAGGAAGACGACAUCAACCGUGCCAUUGCUAUGUCUUUGCAAUCCCAGCACGGGCAAAAUGCUGAAGACCUAGAAGAAGAGGAGCAAUUCGAGGACGUCGAAAUGCCCGAAUGGAAGCAAAAGGCCGUCGAAGCUCCCAAGCGCAUCACUGCCACAAGCGGACGAAUGGUUGCUCACAUAGUCAACAACAGAUCUACCGCCGCUGUGCCCAAACGAAGGCAAAGCAAUACCAGCAGCAGCGACGAUGAGAUGGACUUGCAAGCGGCUCUUAAAGCGUCUCGCAAGGCCAAGAAAGCUCAACCAAAGCCGGCAGUGCCCAACGUCAAGAACCCGUUUGAUGGGCCCUUGCCGUUCCCGAAGCUUGACUUGGGAUUUUCUAUGUUUUCCAAAAAGGCCCAGCCAGCAAAAAAGCCCGCGGAGCCAGCUCCGACUACGCAGGUUCCGCUGAAUUUGAAGAAACCAACUCAAGAGAUUGAGAACGCAGACCUUGGCGGCGGUUUCAUCAUUGAGGCUGCUAAUGGCGAGCACGUGGACGACGAUGACGAAGGUGGUUUCCAAAGAGAACCGCAGGAAGAGGGGCCUAGGCCGCUGCCACCCUGGAUGGUCGAUGACUCAGACAUUCGUGAAUCCAUCAAACAACAGCGACAGGUUGAGAGGGACAUCAAUACCGAAGAUAGAGAUGCAGCGCUGGAAGAAGAGCGCCGCUUUGAACGCCAGCGACAGAACCAGCUUAUUGAGAUUCAGUCCUCUGACAGCGAGGAUAGUGAUGUUGAGAUUCUCGAUGCUCCUCCAACCCCCAAGCAGACCGCGGCUCCAGAGGUACUGUCUCCAGCUGGGGACGCCACAACAAAGAGCCCUGUUGCCGAAACAGUUGCGUCGCCAGAAGAUAUGGCACAACCAGCGCUCACCACCAGCAAGGUUGCUGCGCCGUCUCCAAAGCUUUCACUAUCACCCGAGCCUGACUUUGAAGACGUCCAGGUGGACGACGCCGACGAGGACAUGCAAGUCACCGUCAGAGAACUUUCAGACUCCCCAGAGCCAGAGAUGGAAGACAUCACGACGGCCGCAGAAGUGCCAAAGCCUGCCGAGGAGACCGAACUUACUUUUGAGGAACUCAUGGAUGGCCCUGCGUUGGAUGACCCUAACACUGCCGGCGACUCUGUGCAGGACAUUGAAGCGGAUGUCUUCGCUAACAGCGACGACGAGUUCAGUGACCCCGAGGAUGAAGAACUCUACGCCAACCUGGCUCAGGAAGCCGAGGAGCACGCUCGUUUCGCCAGCGAGCUCAACAACAAGUCCGAACUUGAGAACAAGGAAGCGUACGAAAGGGAGCUCAAGGCUCUCCGCACACAGCAGAAGAAGGACCGCCGUGACGCAGACGAGGUUACUCAGGUCAUGGUCACAGAGUGCCAGGCCCUCCUCCGCCUGUUUGGUAUCCCGUACAUCACAGCGCCGAUGGAGGCUGAAGCGCAGUGCGCGGAACUCGUGCACCUCGGUCUCGUCGAUGGUAUUGUCACCGACGAUUCCGACACCUUUCUCUUUGGGGGCACCCGCGUGUACAAGAACAUGUUCAACAGCAACAAGUUCGUCGAGUGCUACCUUGGCUCUGACUUGGAGAAGGAGCUUUCGCUGUCGCGGGACCAGUUGAUUGCCAUCGCCCAGCUUCUUGGAUCUGAUUACACGGAAGGACUGCCGGGUGUCGGUCCGGUCACGGCAGUGGAGAUUCUGUCCGAGUUUCCCGGAAAGGACGGUCUGGCCAAGUUCCGGGACUGGUGGCAAGAGGUGCAGAUGAACAGCCGCCCCAAAGAAGCGGACGCAACUAAUCCCUUCCGCCGAAAAUUUCGCAAGUCACAGGCGACGAAACUCUUCCUGCCGACGGGCUUCCCCAAUCCGGCCGUGACCGACGCCUAUCUCCGUCCAGAGGUUGACAGCAGCCCGGAGCAGUUCCAAUGGGGCGUUCCAGACCUCGAGGGCCUCAGACAAUUCUUGAUGGCGACCAUUGGAUGGAGCAAAGAGCGCACCGACGAGGUUCUCGUCCCUGUCAUUCGGGACAUGAAUAAACGCGACGUGGAGGGUACGCAGGCGAACAUCACGCGGUAUUUCGAGGGAUCUGUGGGCGUGGGCGCGAGAGAUGCCUUCGCGCCGAGACAGAAGACUACGACGAGCAAGAGGAUGGCGAACGCUGUCAGUAGGUUAAGGGCCAAUAUGAAUGGCGAGGCUGCGGCUGAGGCGCCUGCUGCACUGGCCCAGACCACAGGGAAGAGAAAGUCGAGGGCCAAGACGGUGGCUGCGGAAGAAGAUGACUUUGUGGUCGACGACGGUGAGGAGGAGGUUGACGAGGAACAGAGCUCUCGCGGUGCUAGACCGAGGAGGGGAAAGAAGGCCAAGGCUUCUGCUUAG